GAGGACAAAGAAGAAGGAGGAGGAGGAAAGAAAAAGGAUAGAAGAGAUGAGGAAGGAAGUGGAGAAUAAGAGAAAGAGAAAAACAGAGAAACAAAUGAGCUUAAAGGAGGUGGAAUGGCAAAAGAAAGAAGAAGAGGAGAGAAAAAAUAGGGAACAGAAAAAUAUGAGAACAGAGGAAGAGACUGAGGAGAAGAAGAAACAGGAGGAGAUGAAGAGAAAGGAAGAAGAGGAGGAGGAGGCUGAUGAGAGAAAAAAUACAGCUCAGAAAAAGAUGUGCGAAGUCAUUAGAACGGAGAAUAAAGAACAACAUGGGUAUGUAGAUGAAGAAAUAAAACUUGAGGCCACAAAAAAGAAGGAAGAAAGUGAUAGGAAAAAGAGGAAGGAGGAGGAGGAGGAGGAUGAGAAACAGGAGGCAAGGAAGAGGGAGAAGCACAGAAAAAAGAUGGAGGAGAAGAAGGAGGUGAGGGAAGUGGUAGGAAAACAGGAAGGGGAAGAUAGCAAUAUGGAAAAAGAGCUAAGACCCAUGGAAGAGGAUGAGAAGAGGAAAAAGGAGGAAGAACAGAGGAGCAGGCAGAAGGACGAUAUAAUGAGACAGAUAGAUGAAGAGAGAAAAUCAAAAAUAAUGAGACUAGAUAAAGAUGGGAAUAAAGGACAUGAUGUGGACUACAGAAAGAUGGAACAAGAGAACAAAACAAAAAUAAAAGAGAUGAAACAGGAGGAGGAAGAGAAAAGAAAAAGAGUGGAAAGGAAAAAUUCAGAGGCAGAGAAGGAGCAGAAUGUUGAAGAGGUAGAGAGAGAAACCAAAAAAACAGAAGAAGAAACACGACUCAAAGAAACUGAAGAGAGCAAAAAGAGAACACCGGCACAGGGAAAAGAGGUAAGAAUAAAUGAGGUGCGAGAGAAAAAAGAAAAUGAGAGCAUGGUGGGUCAAAAUGAAAAAAAUAAAACAGAAAACUUCUCACAACUAAAAGAUUGCCACACCAGAACAUCCUCAAGCCCUGAUCCUUUACACGGUGUGUCUGCAACAUGCAAUACCAGAACUGAAGCAAGACCACAACAACACGACCUGCACAAGAACGUCAGUCAGACCUCCCCAGAUAAAAAUCAAGAAGUGACUUCUUCCACUGCAUUGCUUUUACCUGUGUGCCUCCCAGAGCACACAGAGAAGAAGAGGCUGUCAUGGAUGAAUGACUGUGUCUCCUGGACCAAACUCUCCCUCCAGAACAGGAGGAAGCAGAAAGGAUCUGUUCAGAGUCAUAGAGGGCCGAGGAGGGCAGCAGAGGCCAGCAGUCUGCCACCUCUCUGCCCAGAUUUUCUGCUUCAGUACACAGGCUGGAAAUCCCUGCAACAGGUGACCUCACUGACCCUGGAGGACUUGCCGGGCUGUAGCUUAUCCACUCUUGCUCAGUGUACUCGACUUCAGUCCCUCAGCCUCAGAUGCUGUGGCCUCAAAUCCCUGGAAGGUCUCAACCAUUUAUCACAGCUUUGCUACAUCAAUGUACAGGAAAAUGACAUCUCUUUUAUCGACUGUGAAAAUAUGAUGAGUUUACGAGUUCUUCAACUUAGCCACAAUAAACUGACGUCAAUCCAUGGUUUAACUGGUGCUGAAAAUUUGGACGUUCUGGACCUCUCGCACAACUUCAUCACCCGCAUUGCUGGUCUGGAGUCUGUGAGGAGACUGCAGAGGUUGUUGGUGGAUCAUAACCAGCUCAUCAGCACCAAAGGACUGAGGGACGUAUAUACUCUCCUCCACCUGAACUGCUCACACAACCACCUGGCAAGCGUGGAGGGUCUGGAGAGCAGUGCUCUGCUCAACACACUCGACCUGAGAGCCAACAGCCUUAAUGAGCCCCCCAGUCUGAACAACCACGUCCUCCUCAGAGAGCUACAUCUAGACGACAACAGCAUCUCCUCUUUGCAGGGCCUCACUGCUUGCUGGCUCCCCCUCAUGCAACAUUUCUCUGUGGCCCAAAACAGAAUAACCCAGCUGCCCUCCAUGUCAGACUGCGUGUCCCUUGCAAAUCUGGAUCUUCGAUUCAACUGCAUAUCAGAGCUGCAGAACGUGUGUGUGAGUCUGGAGGGAUGUCAUUUCUUGCAAGAAGUCCACCUCACAGGGAAUCCUCUUCAGCAGGAGAGUGGCUGGGGAUCUACUCUACAGAAAGCAGUGCCUGGCCUGAGGUUCAUCGAUGGCCAAAAGACAGACUCUUUUCUAUCACCCCCCUCUGUUCAACAGGUCAGCUUGGCCUCAGGCAACUUCCUAAUGUUCUGUCAGGCUCAGCUUCAGCAGACUCAUGAUUUACAGCAACAGCACAGCAGGGAGCACAGUGAUGCCUCCUCUCCACUGGAUGCUGCAAAGACCUCUUGUCGACACUUCACUGAGGUUCUGCAGCUGGCUACAGAUCAGAGAUUUGCCCAUGAAUACGGUGACACCACUGUGGCUAACAAACACACAGCUGCAGGCCAAACAAUACCUGAGGAAACACUUGACAUGGACAGAGCCAAUGCUGAGAACCAUGCUGAGCACCCAGAAAUGGACACUGUAAAAGUCCCACCAGUUAUUUCAAACAGAGAUGAUAUCAGAUGCAGCGACAGGACUAUUGAUGAAAAGUCAGCUGCAGAGAGUCAGCAUGACACACUUUACACUGCUACAACAGGUCCAAGGACAGUGCCGACAGUUUGGAAGGCUAACUCUGGCAGUGUUCACUCCGUGGAUACAAAAAUAAAUACUCUGGCCAAACAUCAAAACCUGGACCUCCAAAACACAGCAGCCGUUGUGAUUCAGCAUCUGUGGAAGAAAUAUAGAGAGAAAUGUGGGAACAUCAGCAGCCCUUCCACAGCUGAGAAGGGAGGAGUAGGAGGAGAUGGAGGAAAGCCAGAGUCAGGACCUUCCUAUAUUAACGGGAGCGUUGUUGGCCAAGAUUAUGCAGCAACUGUCAUCCAGGCAUGGUGGAGGGGCUUCAGUCUGAGGAAGAGGCUCACAUCUGCUCUGGCCGCUGUCACAUGCCCCGACACCGGAGAGGACGACACCUUUGAGGAGGUGGACGUGGAUGAAUUUGUCUUUGAUGAGGAAGCACUGGAGAAACACUGGACACUGCUGCUUUCUGAGGACUCACCUACCAGAUGUUACCCUGAGUCAGAACAGCUACUGUCUGUGAAGCCUCCUGGGGCCUUUCCUGAUCCCUCUAAGUACAUAGUCCCACCACCGCUUGUACAGAGUUCAAAGCAGGCCUGGGUGGAUGAAGAACUGGUUGAGUCUCCUAGGCACAGAUUUUCCCCACCGAGCUCCAACAGAAGCAAAUCUCCUGCCUCAGCCUCAGCGAUCAGUGGUUUGUCGGCAAGAUCAGAAAAGAUUCUGGAAGAAUGGGGUUUCACUCACCACCACACAGCUCUUCUUAUGCUUAAGAGAGCUCAGAAUAUGAAGUCAAAGAAGCAACAGCGGAAGAAAUGUAGCGAUCCCUCUGUCCGUCUUGCCUGGUUCAAAAACCAGCCGGGGCCAGUGGAAGCACGGUGCAGGCAAGCACAACACAACAGAAAUUAUACAAAAGCUCGCGAGGCCGAGGUGGGCCUUCAGCAAGCAGAGAAGACAGAGCGAGUGAAGCGGGAACGAGCUCAGCAGUGGCUGCACACCCAGGCUGCUCACUCUGACAGGGACUCAGAGAGUGAACAUUUUUUACCGGAGAUCAGCUCAGACGUUUUGAAUGGAGGCAGAGUACAGCUCGUGGCGGACCCAGGAUAUACAGAGCAUCUACAUCAUGCCAGUGGAUUGUGGGCCAACAGCAGUUCAGCUGCCCAGCCUUGCAAACAGAACAAUUAUCUUCGCAAAAACUCUUUGGGUCAUACAAGAGAAGAAGUUCCAUCUCCGAAGCGAGUCACGUCAGCUCCGUCAAAAAAAGAGCGCAUCUCCUUCCGAGACAACCCCAUCCAGAUGAGCGGCGGCUGGGGAGGGGGCAGGAAGAGGGACAAAGUGUACAAGUAAAACACAAACUCUGCUACAAACAUGUCAUCUUUUUUGCUGUCCUUACCUAGGACAACAUAAAGACGAGACUUUUUUUUUCAGUUCACCUCUUCUGAUACAAAGAAUGCAGCUUUUUCAAAAUGUGCAUCUUGUUUUGGACAACAUAUUUAUGCUUCCCUUCGGAUGCAACAUGAUACUAACAACAACCUGUGUUGUGGUAUUACCAUGUUUUCAUGCAAGAAAAUACCACAAAUGUAGUGAGACAAGGUUUAAACCAAUACAUUUCAGCUCCACAAUCUUUUCCGUCCAUGAAGAAGACUGUCUUUAUUUUUAUUUUCAGUGCUAUUUCAUCGCAAGCGCUGAAUCUGCCUGCAGCUAUUCCUUUUCAACUGAGCUGAAAACUCGAGCUCCCUCUCUAAAAAAUUAAUUAGGACCAAUAGGACCAGGACCAGCCCAAAUAUCUUCAGGCACUUCCAUUAUGUUGAUUCUGCUCAAGUGUCACUGCCUGAACGUGAUCUCAGCCAGCCAGCACCAAAACACAUGGAAGAAAAUCACAAACCUUGCAAAUAGCACGCUUCGUAUGCAAAUGAUGGCAGGAAAUCAGAACCGGGGCCAUUAAUACCUGUGGAUUUAUGUCUCGCAGGAUGCUUAACUGCUGUUUUUCUCCCGAUUUACUCUCUUGACAAAAAAUCUCAUAAUUAUAGUUUGUAGUCAUGGGAAGAGACUUGCUUUUUCCACUUCUGCUGUGCUCUCUUAGGAGUAAAGUUUAAUAAAGCCCAGAGAUUUAAGUGCAAUUUCCCCGAUCUGUGGCUAUUUUUAGCCGAUGCUCACCAACAGUGGGCUUGAAAUUACUGCUUUUAUGAGCCGAGUGAAAACAUUGGUGUUUGAAUUAGAAAGAUGUUUUCUUUAUUUUCAGUCUUGGAUUCUAAUGGCCUUGUCUGUGUAUGUGAAUUUGGAGAGCUAAGGCGUCUGUCCGCAAACACUGCCCACCGGAGGCGGUGAACCUCUUGGAGGCUUGGAGGUUCAUCGCUGGUCCGCCGGCUGGAAAUGAUAACUUAAUGAAUGUCAAAACAAAUAGUCAGAGCUGCAGAGUGGCUCCCUGGCAGGAAAUGCAUGUCUGUCUAUUUACUUUCUCUCUAUCUUUCACUCACACAUGUCUGGAGGGUGUGUUUUGAUUGUACACGAGCUGAUGGGGAUUUUUGUCUUGGAGUGGCGCAUGCCAGAGAUCUGGUGGUCCUGCCCACUUGGGGGUUAUUGAGAAACCCAAGAGUGCUGUCUUUUCAGGGGGGAGACUGGUUCUUCAGGCUCUCCAUGGGUCAUCAGUGGAUGGUGUUUCUCAGUCAUUACAUAGCUGUGAUAAUGCACAAUUCAGACAGGUGAGAUAAAACAUAAAGCAUGUCUUAUCACCAGCGUUUUGUUUGACACAAGUUCAGAUCUGUCCACAGUUCUUCUCUACAAACGCUGCAUCUGAAAUUAUAUUGUUAAACCGUUGUCCACCAGUCUUCAUUAGAUUUGUUUACUUUUUGGUUAUGGCUAAAUUAUAUGUAACCUAAGACAUCCAAAAUCCAUUGCCUGGUGAAAUGAGUGCUCCACCACACAUUUAGAUAAGAUGAAGAAUGUCCCUCUCAGCCCAGACUGCCAGCCUGACCUCAAGUCAGCAAAUGCUGUCAGACGGGGUCUGGCAGAGAGCGCUUUGUAUCCCAGUCCCACCAAGUGCCUCUCCUUACAGCGUGCUUACAAGUUGUAGCUCGAGCUUUUGAAUGCAUGCGGUGUAGUUUUGUCCAUUAUUUGAGAAGCCAGUGGUUUCUAUUUAUUUCCGUAUGUUUGAAAAUGAAUUAGCAGACUCAUGAAAGACGCUUCACCGUAAUUAAUCACGGUGAAGAUCAAGUCUGCGUCAGUGUCAUAUUAUCAUUCCAUGGUAAUGCGCUUUACAUAUUAGACGAAGAAUGUAACUUUAAACGCAGGCCGAGGGCUUCGGGACUGUGCUGAUGAUUUUUAUAUUAUAUGUAAAUGAAUGGAAGCCAACUGCUGCCUAAAAGGAUAAUAACAUCUUUAGAAUACAACAGCCUGGCUCGUAAAGUAUAAAAAAGCACCAUACUGAGGCUCAUUGUGACGAGGACAGAACCUCUAGUACUGAAACACAGUGUGGGACAUACAAUAGACAAUCUACAGCAUGUGUGUGUACGCAGCGUGACAUGCUAACUGAAACGUAGUUGUACUGUAGAGGAAGUAAAACUGAUUUGAAGGUUUACUACUCUGCUGUUACAUUUAUUAUUUAAGUGAAUAGUCAUAAAGAGGUGAUUAGAAUUGUGGGGAAAUCCAUAUGUCUGAGCAUUGGAAAUAUUUCAGAAUGUAAAAUAACCUUCAGUUCAAAUCCCACAAACACUUAGUUAAACAGAAAAAUGACAUAAUAAGAGGUUAUUUUCUUUGUUUUCUGCCUUGUGACAGCAUUAGCCAGCUCCUUUAGCCAUAGGAAAGAAAUGGGGAAAUACGUCUAAAGGAAUGUGCAUGCUCUCCUGGAAAUGUGAACCUGAUAUAUGAAGAAAUUGGGAAUAAACUCACACAAGCAGAAAGUAUUCUGCACUGGACCCUGGUAAAAGUCAAAACUGUUUUAUUCCUUGAGUGACAACUGCUGGCUUCUAAUAUCCCAGGUCAUAGUCACUGUGUUCACCAAAGUGAGGGCAGGACUGAUGUCACAGGGAGCGAGUCAGACGUUUAGACAAAUUGAAAGAUUAUUAACAGAUCUGUAAACUGAGAUUAAGGUGGAACAGAAUCACUUCAGCGUGUCAGACGUAUUUCUGACAUUUAUGGAAGGAAGUGCAUACAAUUUAAUUUACAUUACAUGAAAUACAAAUGUAUACACAUCUUUUUAAUAUCUAUUUUUAAAAUAAUCCAUUCUUUGAAUUGUGUUUUUAUAAUACAGUCUGACAAACAGUAACUGUGUUAUGUUUUUAUUUUUUAUUUUGACUGAGCUCAGAUUGUGGUGAGAAAACACUUGAUAAGUGGUAUGAUUUA